CUCACACACAAUAUUAUGUGUAAUAUAUAUUAAUAUUAAUAUAUAUAGUCCAAGUAGUUAAUUAAUUAGUCGAAGAUGGAGGCUGCUCUCAGCUGCUUAUUACUUGCAGUGGGUUUCUGGGCAUUAGUAUUGACACGGGGAGUGUUGGAUUGGGUGUGGUUGAAGCCGAAACGGUGGGAAAGGUGCCUUAAAGAGCAAGGCUUAAAGGGUAACCCUUACAGGCUCCUCUUUGGAGACAUGAAAGAUAUGGCAAACAUGAUAAGUGAAGCCAAUUCUAAACCCAUGAAUCUCUUUGAUGAUUAUACAGCCCCUAGGCUCCUCCCCUACUUUCUUCAUCUCAUCAACAAAUAUGGUAAAAAUUGUUAUGUGUGGAUGGGUCCAACUCCUACGGUUGUUAUCAUGGAUACUGAUUUAAUAAAGGAGGUUUUCAAUAAACAUCAUCUCUAUCAGAAGUCUCGGAGCAACCCGCUAACUAAGAAGUUGAUGCAAG